AUGGAAGAAUCAAAGCCCCGCGGAAAGCCACGAGGCAUGCGGCGGGACCGCGAUUGUCGUGCCUGCAAGACGAGGGGCAUCAAAUGUGACCUCAAUCGACCCAGAUGCCAGCCCUGUGUCGCCUCGGAAUUGCCCUGUGGUGGGUAUCCGCAGCGCGUCGUCUGGGCGGACAAGACAUCGCCAACCAGCAUCGCUGCAUCCACGAAGCCGAAACGUAGGAAAUCGGACACCCGAACAGUCACCAGCCGAACGCCAGCGGCACGCCCGGCUGUUGUUGCCGUGAUCGCCGACCGAACGGCAGGUAAACACGUAGGCCCGGUCCAUGGGGAGAAGGAGAGUACAGCGGGGCCAGAUCACUACAGCCUCAUCAAGCGACUCUCCUCAUUCUGCCGGCACAUCGAGGCGCUCGAGGGCAGCGGCGGUGCGCGGCGGCAGCUGUCAGAAGCUACAACGACACGGCUCGUCUCACGCAUCAACGACCUUGUGCAGGCCCGCAUGGGGGCGGCGCCGAUGCAGGCGACGCCAAGCAGAGCGGCUGGGCCGCUCGACUACAUCGCUGCCCUCAUGGAUCUCAGCGAGGCGCUCGAGACAGCGAAUCCCGUGGCAUUCGUUGGCAUCGCGGCCUUUGCUUUUUUUGAGGUCUGUGAGGGAGCCUUUGGCGAGUGGCAGCGUCAUCUCUACGGCGCGAGGUCGCUGCUCGACCUCCACUGCCGGACGACGGGCGAGCUUGAGGUGCUGGCACGGGACGUCACAGGCCUGUCAGAGAUGGUGUCGCACCUUCUGUGGUUUGAUGUCAUGGGUGCUAUCAUCCGGGGCACGACGGGGUUAAUAUUCGAGGACUGGCACCGUGAGACGCUGAAUGCUGGUGGCUUCUUUGACAUUGUCGGGUGUCCGGCGUCCACGUUCCAUGUUUUUACUCAUGUCGCCGUGGGAGGCGUCAACACUGACCCCAUGGGUAGUUGUCUUUUGGUCAUGGACUCACUCUUGCAACUCGAGGGGUGUGAUACGGACGUUGCGAGAACAGCGGAUGCCUAUCGGUGCGCGGCCGCGAUUGCGGUGCUUGGGCGACUUGAAGACGUCGAGACGAGGUUGCCGCCGCCGGGAAUGGAGACAGCGAUGGCGAAAGCUGUGGAUCGACUUUGUCACGUUAUGGAGAUGAUGCCGGUGUCGUCGAGAUACUAUCUGCAUCUCGCAGUCGCGGUCUUCCUCGCAGACAUGAGGGUGAUGAGACGUGAGCAGUGCGAUAUCGUGCGGCGUUACUGGCAAAACUGUCGCGCUGCCGAGUUCCCGCGGUACCCAGACGCCGAGAUGAGGUGUGAGGCACACUGGCGAGCAAUGGGCCUGCUGUAA